AUGAAUCAUUAUUCACAUGUUAAAAAGAAUAAAAAAAUAUUUUAUACACCAAUCAAGGAUAUAAGUGAAUUUGAAAACUUUGCAUUUUACGAACAUCAGCUUUAUGAUCAUGCGUUUAAUGGCAGUAUAGCUGCUCCAGUUCAUGAAAAACUGCGAACUGGUGCUAAAGUAUUAGAAUUUGGUUGUGGGACUGGCAUUUGGACUAUUGAAGUUGCCGCUGAGUAUCCAAAUUCGAAGUUCUACGCAGUUGAUUUUAUAACGAAAAAUUCUAUUGAAAAUAUUACAUUUAUUAAUUAUGAUAUUAAUCAAAAACUACCAUUUCCUGAUAAUGAAUUUGAUUAUAUUUUUUCUAGAAAUAAAACAAAUUUUUUUACAAAGGAUAAUUUUCAAGGAUUUUUAUUUGAGGUCCUUAGAGUAUUAAAACCAGGUGGUUGGUUAGAA